GUUAUUUUGUGAAUUGGUUUCUUUAGACUAAGGAAAGCUUAAGCAUGGCUCAGUGAGCAGAAACCGGGCUAAUGAUUUGGCCUAUUGUCAAUGAUCAACAAGAGAACUUGAAAACGCUACCCAACCAGCUUCAUUUGGCUCCUGUGAGGUGUAGGCACUACAGACUCGACUGGUUUUACUUCUGCUAGAGUAAGCUCUAGUCUCCCACUUUCUGUCUGCUCAGAUGAACACGAAAUGGUGAUUAGCAGAUCAGCCGCAUCAAGUUUGUUUACUUUGUUUACUUGACUUGUUCAUCAGAAUCACAUUGAGUAACGUUCCUGCGGAGGGGGUGUGGAAACCUGAGCUGGGCUGCCUCGACGUGGACUGCAUGCUUCAUUUCCGUUAUUGUUCCCAAAACUUUCGUUCACAAAGUUUUGUGCCUGUAGUUUGGCUGGACUUUGUAGGUGUUUAGUCAUUUUAUCGCUGGUCUUAUGCUGGCAUGGAUGUGUCUGAUAUUACUGCUAAAAAUACAUAGUGCUUUUUGAGUGUAGAGGGACUUUUAUUAGAAUUUCAAUUGAUACCUGCACUAUACAUUUCUCUACUACUAUCGGAUUUCUAUAAUGGAUCACCUUUUUGAGAGGUUUCUUAAUGAAGCUAUUGUCACCCUCUCUACAGGUAUUCUCUUAAACUCAGAGGAGAGCUGUACAUCAGGAUCAUUCAUGACUUCAUAAACUAUUCACCAAUGCUUGAUCUCCUGUUGGGCCAUUAUGACACAAUCGCCAGCUUCAUAAUUGUUGCAGUUGCCACAAAUUCAGAUCUACGCAGGACGUUUCAUUUACCAGGUCCUCAUAUCACAGCUAGGUGCCUUCACAGAGCCUGGGUGGGCCUAAGGCUAGCUCUCUGAUAGACAGUUUUCUCAAUCUUGUGUCUUACUUACUCCCUGUUGGAACAUACUACUACAGACCAUACCUACUGUAACUUUGUUUCGUGGAAGCUGUUGUGAGAAGCAUUUUUCUUCUCAUCAUCACUUCGUUCUUGACAAGUGGACGUCAAAUAAGUUAGAGGAAGCUUUUCUAUCAAGUUUCAUAUGACACUCACCAAUCAUAUAAUGAUGAAAGCGGCACAAAAAUUGAAUUUGAGCUCCAAGAAAAAGAAACGACACCACCAAGGAUGUCUACCACCAGAGCUUCCUCCACCAGACCCACCGCUCUUCCCAACCAACUUCUGUCAAACACUACGAGUUUGUCCUCCUGCAGCUCCACCCUCACUGCUCCGCAAUGCCGGACGGAUAAAGGACGCACCUGGAGCUGGAAAGGUAAAAGUGAUGUUGCGUGUGGUACCAUCCAGUAAUCCCCACGACACAGCUACAUUCGUCACCGUUGAUCAGAAAAAGAAGCAAGUCACCUUAUUUGACCCAUCGUUCAUGACCAAUCCGGCCAGUUCGUCAAAUCGCCGUACGGGCGUAACAGCACCAAAGAUGUUUGCGUUCGAUUCAGUGUUCCCUCAGGAUUCCUCCCAGGCUGAAGUAUGUGCAGCAAGUAUUGGGGAUAUCGUACAAGCAGUUGUAAAUGGUGCUGAUGGCUGUCUGUUCUGCUAUGGCCAUUCAAGACUCGGGAAAUCAUUCACUAUGAUUGGUCGAGAUGAUAGUGUACAAAAUCUUGGUGUUAUCCCAUGCGCCAUUGAGUGGUUGUUUCGCUUGAUCAACGAGAAAAAGGAGAAAACGAGUACACGGUUUUCGGUCCGUGUUUCAGCAGUUGAAGUUCACGGGAAGCAGGAGAACCUAAAAGACCUACUGGCUGACCAAGCCAACGGUAGCAAUAAUGGCUGCGGUACCUCACCUGGGAUCUACCUGGCUGAGGACCCAAUCUGCGGAGUUCAACUCUUGAAUCAGAGCGAGCUUAGGGCACCCUCUGCCGAGAAAGCAGCCUUCUAUCUUGACGCCGCCAUCGCAGCGAGGAAAUCAAAAACCUAUCCAACAGAUGAGCCUGUCCCCGAAGAGGAAUCACGCAACUCUCACAUGCUCUUCACGUUGCACGUGUAUCAGUACCGCUUUGAGAAGUCUGGCAAAGGAGGUGUAAUGGGUGGCAGGAGUCGUCUGCACUUGAUUGAUCUCGGCAGCUGCGAUAAAGGCAGCAGGACCGGCAACGGGCAAGCAUUAUCGUUCUCCUCAUUGGGAAAUGUAGUCCUCGCGUUAUUGAACUCCGAUAAACACAUUCCUCACAGAGACAGCAAAUUGACCCAGUUGUUGCGGGAGUCAUUAGGAAGCAUUAAUUGCCGUGCCACAAUGAUAGCUCAUGUGUCCUCCGCCAUCUCGUGCUAUAAUGAAACUUUGAGCACCAUCCAACAGGCAGCUAGAAUCCACAGGAGAGGCAAGAAGAAAGCUAAAUACUCAGGAACGAGCUCCUCUGGCGGAGACAGCUCUUGUGAAGAAGGGCGCAGACGUCGACCUCACUUCAGAUCAAUCCACACCAGAAAUAUCAAUGGAAUCACGGUUACAAAUGCUAUCCGCCAAAGUGAUCCAGAGUACAUAUCUAGCAGUGAGCAAUCUUGUGAUACUGUCAUUUAUGUCGGGCCAGAUGGAUGCGCCCUUAGUGAUCGCGAUCUGACCGAUAAUGAAGGCCCACCAGAAUCUGUGCCAAUUUUUAAACCUUCUCUUGGACGUGUAAAUGAAUCAAGAAAUGUUUCAAAUGAUGAACUUCAUAGUCGAUUAUCAAAGAUUGACGAUAAAAUAAGUCGAAAGGAUGAACUUAAAAAAUCUAAAAAGGACAGCGGUAGUGAGAGUGACACGGCUCGUAAUAUUGCAAAUCAUAUGAAAACCGUUGAUGAACAGCAAGAGCAACAAACGCCUUCCAAGAAAUCAGGAAUUCCAAGGCCUUCCAAAUCAAGUACAUCUUGUAGUAAUAAACGCACAAAGAAAUUAGACAGUUUACCAAUCGCAAAACAAGCGACUAAUGACACGCCAAACACAAGGACUGAAAUUAAACCUGAUGUCAACGAGGAAAGAGUUCAAAUGGCCGAGCAAAUUGUUGAAAAUUCUUGCGCUGUUGUGAUCCCUGUUGCAGAAACACCAGACGAUGAUGAAGACGAUGAUGCUCAUAAUACCUCGCAUGAUGAGAGCAUAAUACAUGAAUCAAACUUUGAAAAUAUCAAAAGACUAGCCGGCCAUGUAGAAGAGCUCUCACCAGAUAAGGAACCAGACUAUCCCAAAAUGGGCAUGACUGGUAGGAGCUACAACCAACAGAACACCCAGCAUAAUUUGGAAUGUUUAACGCAGUCUGUCAGUAUGCCGACAUUUACAGAUGUCCGUCAAGCAUGUCGGCCUGAAGGCAUGCAGCCAAAUAUGGAUAUGAUAAGCGAUUAUGUCAAUGGGAAUUUAAAUGGCGAGCAUAUUCAGUUGUUGUAUAAUGCGGAGCGAGUAAUUCACUCUGUUGAAUCUUUGGAUACAAUUGCAGAGCUUCUUGAAAGGCCUGUUUCGGAGUUGUCGCUGGUGAGGUCCGAGGAUGAAAUGUCUCUGGUAUAUUCUGAAGUCGGAUCUUUUGUAUCUACUAAAACUGACGAUUUAACUUCGCUUGACCAAGCGGCUCUGACAAUUGAUGACAUGCCACUUGGCUCCGAAGCAUGUUGCAUCGCCACGCUUGAUAGGCAGUCUUUAGACUCACUCUCAGAAAACUUUGACACAAACUUAAACACUGCAAGUUUGUGUGCAAACACAAAUAACCAAGGUCCGUAUCGAUCAGGUGGGGUGAUUGAUAAGGAGUUAAGGAACCUUGGACAUUACGUUUAUUCUGAUGAUGAAUCUGAGGUUGGUGAGAAAAAAGCGAAAGAUGAUAAAAUGUUUGUAGAGAAGGCGGAAAGUGUAUCAUCUGUAGAGAUCCGAAUGCGGGAUUUAGAUGCAAUCAAGUCAAUGUACGUUAUCUCAAACCUGAGUGUUGAUGACCUGUUAACAGAUGAUCCCAACGAAGGAUCAAUUUCAACUAUGGCAGAUUUUGAUAUUCCCAGUGUAUUGAUGGAUGAGCCACAGGUCGUUACGUACAUGACAGUGGAGGGCGAGGGUCAAGUGGUAAUGCGAGAGAAACAUCUUGCUGUCGACCAUCCUCUGAGGCGACUGAGCUGCAUCAGUGAUGCCACAGAUGCUACAUUCUCCACCUGCUCCCGCCCUUCCAGCUUCAUCAGUCAGGAAGACGAUGAGAGUGCUGACUUCUCAUCUGGAUUCAAUGCUUCAGACAUACAUAGCGUUGAAGAAAAAGUUUACUCGCAUCCCGGAUAUGUGCCAAUAUAUGCCAUGCAUUUGUUCGACAAAAUGACCGACGAAAAUGCAGAAGUGUGGGAAAAGAUGGACACACUAACGCGAGAAGCAAGUCAGAAGCGUCGGAUGAGUAAUCAAAGCCAAAAAAAUUCGGCGAGUUCUGAAAGUUCACGUACGAUAUCACAUUUGGAUACUAAUACCAUUCUACCGUGUGCUAAAGUCAAUCCAUUGUUGGCAAAGUUGAAGGCAGAAGCUGUCGAUCCAAGGGGCUACACAAGUGAGGAUAACUGCUUACGGGGCUCUCUUCACAAACAUCGUCAGCUUAUGUCAGAUGAACCAGAACCAGAAGAAAGGAAAGUCAGUCAGAAAAUGUCACAGUCUCAAUCAGAACCAACAUCAAUAAAGGCAAGUCCGCUUCACCAUACGAAGAUUAACCAAUUCAAUGUUGAACCUCUUCCUGAGGUUUUAUGCAACGCUAUUGCCAAAGUUCAAGAGAAAAUGUCAGUAGUAGAAAAAGAAGAGCAACCAGUAACAAGAAAAUGUGACAUGUGGUUACUCCGACAACCAGAUGGUGCAGCUGCCAAUGAUAUCCAAUCAGAGCCAGAAAUGGGUUUGAGAAUGUAUGAACGCAAGAACCAUUUCAGACAUCAGCUUAAGUAUGUUGAAGAGAAAGAAGUGUUUGAAGCCGUGCGGCCUCCGACGAUUGGUGCUUGUUCCUCCCCGACAUUUGAUGUUGAGGAUAACCCAUGUUAUUCACAAGAUUAUGACUCAGUCGCAGAAACAGGUAUCAAUAAGGUAGCCAGCAAGACCAAUGCAAGUUUGUCCAGUAGCGAGACUAAUGGGCGAGAACGUCCUAAGUCAAGAGGAAUCCUGAAACCAAAGAUUUUCUCCAAGUCUGACAAAUCAAAAAGUAAGAAGUCUGACAAUACUCGAAACAUAUCUAUGCAAGGCAAAUCUUACAGCGACACGGAAUCCAGUUGCCGUUCCAACCUGUUAUCAAGUCGACGAACCAACAGCAGCAGUAAGUUGCCCACACGUACAAGUAGUCCAUCGCAGAAGAGCGGACAGACUGCAAGAAAUGCUCUUAAAAGUGCCAAAACAUCACAAAGCCAAACCAAAUGUAAGGACAGUCCUCCUACACAGUCUUCCAGUAAGAAAUCCGCCGUUAGUAAAAUACCUACUGCAAAGCCUAGCCCGACAAACAAAGGCAAAACAGCCUCAACCAGUCCAAAGCACCAGGCAACCUCAGCAACCAGUCGAGGAUCCUCGCUACCAGUGCGAAACAAGUCCCUUAGUAAAUCUGCUCCGACUCUAUCCAAGAACAGCACCAAUAACGCGAAACAGAACAAGUCGGCGACAAGUUCACUAAGCGAUUACCUACCGGCCAACAGCUCGCCGCAAAGCAACAACAAACUUAAAGUGGGGAACCGUCUAACGGACUCAUCGGAUAGUGGAAACGACAGUGGAAUAGUCUGUGCAGAGAAAAGCCCUGCUAAAGUGAAGACGUCCUUCCUGUCUCCGUACUCAACGAUGACGGAGCCGAGGACAAAUCGCUGCUCCAGCAGCGGUCACGGAAGUGACAAUAGUAGCACAGUAAGUGAUUUUCUGACUAGCAAGCUGCCUGCAUGUACUAGUGAAGAAACAAGUAGUGGUUAUGAUAGUAUGCUAAGGGACAGUGAGUCUGCACACGAAUCCAUUAGAUCAUCAUCGGGCAAGGUGAAGGCUUUGAGGCAACUCAAACGUAAAUUACAAGGUCCGAGGCGAUGCAGGAGCGCGUCUCCCAAGGCCCAGACCGAACAGACGUCUCAUAGAGGGGGAGGAAACGGAGGCUCCCGAUGGAUUGACCUCCCCCCAAGGAAGAGGUCCCAAGAUGAAGGGGGUGUCGCAUUGAAGUUAUAUAACGUUGACAAGGUGAAGGCUUGCCAGGCAGAAGGUGUCAAGGGAUCUCCAAAGAGAAAUCGUCAUCCGGAUCAGGAGAGUCGUCAGGAGCGUAUUUUCCAGCUGUCGGAGAAGCAGCAUCAGCUGAAACAACAGCUGAUGUCUACGAAGGCGUUGUUGAACGCCGAAAGCAGUUGCUGGACAUUUGAUUUACAUGUUUUGGAUGAGAUGGAUCCUGUUGAUGAACUUUUCUUAGAUGCCCUUGAACACGAAACGCAACUGUUAGAGGAGCGAGUCAAAGCCUGUAAAGCCCACGUCAUGGUCAUCACUAGCUUCGAUAUAUUCCACUAAAGCCACGUAUCCCUUGAAUAUACCCUCAAACCAGUAUUUUCAACACGAGUCCCAGGAGGACAUGCCCCUUAGGAAGUCCGAGAAACCUUUUUUCAUUGAUGUGAGUUUGCAAGACAUAACUUUGGAAACCUCUGAAAAAAAAUUUGCGCGUCACAGACGGACAUAUCUUGAAAAGUAUAAAUAGAAAAGUUUGACUGAUGUCGCAGACGCUGGUUCGCAAAGCCUUGUUCCGUGUAAAAAAUAAUUCUUGAUGUAUUUAAAGUAUGUUUUUGUAUUUUUAUGUGAAGCUAUAGACUGCAAAAAAUAUAACCAAUACAAAGAAUAAUAUUAUGGAGAAAAUAAGUACCCUUUAUACUAUAGGAAUUCAAUGAAUGCAUCUUUGAAAGCAUAUUGUAUUAUAUCUGAGUCUAAGUUUAGGUAAGGUUUAUGGUAUUACCUGGAUGUAUAUGUUGAAGAAUCUGCCUUAUAGUGAAACUUAAAUCAAAUGUUGGGUGUUGAAUAUUAUGCUGAUAUGCUGCUUAAAAAAUAAUACUAAAGACAGUAAUUAUAUUAAUUAAUUGACAUACAGUGAAAUUCACUACAUUAUAUUAUAUAUACCUAUGCUCAUUAGAAAAAAAUAUAAAUUAUUCAAAUUAAUAUUGUAAAGGUAUUUGCAAUUAUAAUACAGAGAAUGGUGAGGUGAUAAUCAAACGGUUCAUUUACCCUUUGCUUAACACAUCAUUUCACACUUGUGUAAUCAGCGAAAAUAUUUGAAUGUUAUUUCCCUGAUGAAUGUGUUUCCAGUCCAGCUGUGGUAUCCUCUAUGCAUACGAAUUCCUACACAGUUUUGCAUAUUAACUAGGUGUUGUCUGGAUCCCAGGCUAAAAUCACAAAUGUGUUGUCAAAUUUAUAUAUAGGACAUUGAGCACUCAUUUUGAAAUAGAUUCAGGUACAUGCUUAUUAACAUAACAUUCACUGGGAUGUUUAUGUUUUUACCAAGCUUAGAAGCAUGAUACAGGCAUGCGAAACUGCCACUUUAAAAUUAUGCACAAGUUGUGCAUCAAUGAUGAAGUGUAUGCCUUGGGGGUGCUGUAAUUAUUUCUGACAAAUAAGACCCAUUACACAACGGCGAAAGAUUUAAAUUACGACCGUUGAACUCAAAAUCCAUCUAAAAAUACCGAUGUUUCUAUUUCCCCAUUAUCUACUGAAUGCUUUGUUGACGAUCAGAGAUUAUAUCUUCCAGACCAGUCACCUUCCGAAGAUUCAUUAGAAUCAUAACCAUUAAAAAACUCCAAAAUGAAUGUAAAAUUUUUGAUACAUAUUUUGUAUACACUUCACCCACCACAAGUUUCUUCCUAUCUGAUUAAUCUUGACGAACAAAAAAAUCGGCAAGAUGAAUGUCUUUUUUUUCUACCACCGUAAGGUUUCUUCCCUUUUUUAAACAUAUACUGGAAGUAGAUUUUUAGCGAAUGUUGAUGCGAGGGUAUUAAAUUUACUGUACACUUUGUAAAGAGAGAAUUGUAAAGAAAACAAGCUAUUUAAAUCCAUAGAUUAAAUGUACAAAGGAGAAUAAUAUCUUACUGUAGUAUGUAAUAGUUAUCAGAAAUUUUCCGAAGCAGGAAAAAUUAAAACGGCUUGGCGGUUGAUUAUAUACUCAAGUCAUGUUUCCACAUACUCUGUACAAACAACUUGUAGAUUUUUAUAAUGUGCAAUACCCUAUUCUGCUGUGUAUUCAUGACAAUGUAAUAUGCUAGUUGUCGAUGUAAUGUUUGAUGUCGAUUGAUAAUCGAGUGUUUCCAUCAUAAAUUAAUCCACCGAGAAGAAAAUAACCAAAAUGAAUUUUCACAAUUUUUUCCCUUCUACGGAUGAAUUAUGUUUUCUUUGUAUUAUAAGUUAGUAGUUGGUUAUCAUAACCAUCUUCAUGUUAUGUAUUAUUUUAUAACUGUUACACAUAAUUGUUGAUUGUGUAUCCAUGUGUUCUUUUGAAAGGGGUGGGGAUUCGCUGGGGAGCGGGAUGGGAACACAGAGGGAAUGGGGAUUUUGAUGGGUUGGGGAACUUGUAUGGGGAGGAAAUUUAGAGAUGGAAAUCCAGAGAAGUUUAGGAAUUUAUAGGGAAUAGGGAUGUAAAAUAAAAUCAGUUUCUGAUUAAUUAUAUUUUUUACAAUAUUUCAAAGUUGAGCUUUGUUAUUACAAAGGAUGAGUUUCAUGAAAAUAUAAUUUAUGAUAAAUAAUGUCUUAUCUGCCACUUUUAAUGACAGGCAUUCUUUUGUAAAAUCAAUUUUGAAUGCUCCAAUUUAAUACAAUAAAUAAUAAGCUUGGGUUUGGUAAUUGGGAAUGACCAAUGUUAACAUGUGAUUAGUAAUAACCAAUCAAAACAUUAACAUGAUGUUGGGUAAUAUCAUAGAGUUGUAUUAGAAACUAGUUUGCGAAAAAAAAAAAUAUUUGUGUUGUCUGCACCGGUAAUUUUCAAAUAUCAAAUUUUAAUAAGAAUUUAAUUGACUUCCAAAUUUGGAGUUUUUUGGUGCCAAGUAGUAAUACUUUUCAUGUUUUUGCCAGAGUUGCGAUGGUGAUCGA